CUUUCAAACUUGUGUACGGAACAUUUUCAUUUCAUUCGCAACGCAGCUUGCGCAAAGACAGCUAAAUAGCCAAAGAGCUUUAAACGAAUUUGUAAGCGGAUUACGAAAGUGUUGGAAAAUUUUUAGUCCUUAAAAUCGAUAGUGCCUAGUUCAUGUGUAACAAAGUGCAAAAGUGUUUGUGUUGACUAAGAUAUACGAAAUAUCAAAUAGUAAUAUAAGUAAACAAUAAGCUCCACUAGUAACACGUAAACAAUGAAACCCGCGAAUUUGAACGAGCAAUAUGCUCGCUUCCCGGAAAUCUCACGUGAAGAGAUGAAAAAAUUCGUCAGUUGGAUACACGCCCAACCGCACAUGCAAAAUUUGUCCGAAGAGGAGGCGUUGCACUUCUUUCACGCCUGCAUGAACAGCAUGGAAAUGGCCAAACAGGUGUUGGACACCAAUCUAACGGUGCGCACACAUUGCGAUGAUUUCUUCACGAAUCUGGACUGUGAGCGCUCUGAGCUGCAGCGGGCCAUGCGAACUGUCUCCAUAUGUCCGUUGCCACAAACCACACCCGAGGGUUAUCGCGUUAUAAUCGGGAAGUUAGCUGAUACAAAUGCAUCCAACUUCAAUUACGUGGACUGCAUGAAACUUUAUUGCAUGAUUUUCGAUAUGUGGAUGUUCGAAGAUGGUAUACGUCCAGGACACAUUAUGGUAAUGGACUUAAAGGGCGUCACUUUGGGGCAUGUGGCACGCAUCGGCAUAUUUCAGAUGAAAAAGUUUCUCUUCUAUUUACAGGAAGCUGCCGCGAUACGUUUGAUUGGUUUCCAUUUCAUCAAUAUUGUACCAUUUAUGGAUAAAAUUUUGGCGCUAAUGACACCGUUUAUGAAGAAAGAGCUAACCAGUAUACUGUAUAUACACAAUAACCUAGAGGAUUUCUAUAAAUUUGUACCACAGUCUAUAUUGCCUAAAGAUUACGGCGGCGAUGAGUUGGAAUGUGUGGAAUUCAGAGAAACCGUUUACGCCAAGCUUAAAGAAAAUCGCGAAGAAAUGCUGCAAUUCGAAAAGCGUCAUCAAGUAAACGAGAAAUUGCGUCCGGGAAAACCGAAAAAUGCCUCGGAGCUAUUCGGCAUUCAAGGGAAUUUCAAGAAGUUGGAUAUUGACUAGAGCUUUUAGAUUAUUUUUAUUUUUUAUAUUAUUAUUUUUUUUUUUUAAAUUGUAAAAUUAUAUCGAAGUGUUUUUAAAAUGUAUAGUGCUAUUUUUUUACUUUAUCAGCAUUAUUUUUAUUUUUUUUUUUUGGUUUUUCUGGUUUUUAAAAAUUAUAAAAUUAUAUCAAAGCGUUUUUAAAAUGUAUAGUGUUAUUUUUUUACUUGAGUUAAAUAUUUGAGAUAAAAUCGAAAAUUAAAUAAAUAAUGAAAGUUAAAAAA